AUGACCACCGGCGGGACACAAGAGGAGUACAACAUUGACGUUUGGUCCGGCAACCACCCGUUCUACCUGGGGAACCGCUCCGGCGUGCUUGUGGACGCGGACCAGGUCGAGAAGUUCCGGAAGAAGUUCGGUGAGCUGACGCAGCUUAUGCAAAUCCCUGUGCUCAAGGGCGAGAUUGUUUUGCCCAGCAGGUAG